AUGGGGAAGUGGAAAGGGGCCAGGCUCCAGGCUGCAUGCGGAGAGGACCUUCUGGCUCUGGUGCUCCAGCGCACGCGACGUGCUGGCGACGCCGCCCCUACGCGCACUGUAUUCUGGUGCGACGGCGCUAGUUACUUCAUCGUUGACAACUUUCCUGUCGACAACCACGCAACCCGCACCAACCACGACGAUAGCCACGACAGCGAGACGAGAGCGACGCAGUGA